AUGCCACCCAAGAAGGCUGUUAAAGAAGAAAAGGUAUUGCUUGGACGUCCUUCCAACAAUUUGAAGAUUGGUGUUGUUGGUCUUCCCAAUGUUGGUAAAUCCACCUUCUUUAACGCCCUUACCAAUGCCUCUGCUGCUGCUGAAAACUAUCCUUUCUGUACCAUUGACCCUGAAGAAUCCCGUGUUGCUGUUCCCGAUGCUCGUUUCGAUUGGUUAUGUCAACACUAUAAGCCUGCAAAGGAAAUCCCUGCAUUUUUGACAGUGAUUGAUAUUGCAGGUCUUGUCAAGGGUGCUGCAUCUGGUGCUGGUUUAGGUAACGCCUUCUUGUCUCACAUCAGAGCUGUUGACGCCAUUUUCCAUGUUGUCCGUGCAUUUGACGAACCCGAUGUCAUUCACGUCGAAGGAGAGCUGGAGCCCCUUCGUGAUAUGGCUAUCAUUCGUGAAGAAUUGAGAUUGAAGGAUGAAGAAUUCUUGACAAAGCAAGCAACCGAAUUGAACAACGUUGCCAAACGUCUCGGUCAUGGAGGUAAUGCUGCCGAUAAGGCCAAGAAGGAAGAAGCUGUUAUUGUCACCAAGGUUCUCGAAUGGGUUCAACAGGGUAAGGAUGUUCGUCACGGUAACUGGAGCAACAAGGAAGCUGAAGUUAUCAACGGUCUCCACCUUCUUACUGCCAAGCCUGUUAUUUACCUCGCCAACUUGAGUGAAAAGGAUUACCUUCGCAAAAAGAACAAAUGGCUUCCUAAAAUUAAAGCCUGGAUCGACGAAAACUCACCUGGUGACAUGAUGAUUCCUUAUUCUGGUGCUUACGAAUACCGUCUUACUCUUGCCAGUGCUGAAGAAAAGGAACAGAUCCAAAAGGAGAACAAUGCACCUUCUGUUUUACCUAAGAUCAUCGUCAAUGGUUAUGCCGCUCUUCAACUUAUCUACUUCUUCACUGGUGGACCUGAUGAAGUCAGAGCUUGGACUAUCCGUAAGAAUACCAAGGCACCACAAGCCGCUGGUGUCAUCCACACUGAUUUUGAACGUGGUUUCAUUAUGGCUGAAGUCAUGAAGUAUGAAGAUCUUAAAGAACUCGGAUCUGAAUCUGCUGUCAAGGCUGCAGGCAAGUACAUGCAAAAGGGUAAGGAAUACGUUGUUGAAGAUGGUGAUAUCAUUUACUUCAAGUUCAACGUGACUGCUCCUGCUAAGAAGAAAUAG